AUGACUAUCCAAUUCCCAAUCAUGUCCCUGGAUUAUUUCCAGCCAAGUCCAGCCAAGCAAUUCAUGACUCUCACCAAGAGCCCACGAGUCAUGAGCAGGGAAAUAAACAGUCUCUUCCACGAGCUCAAACCUCUCCGACCAGACGAUCUGAUUGGGGAAUGGGACGGACAUAUACUGGUCACAGGACACGCAUUUGAGCAGGAACUGGAGGACAUGAACUGGUUCGGGAACACGUUUGACAGCACUGACGACGUGGCCCCGCUGAUUGUCGGACGGAACGGAGAGCGGGUAUGUUAUGAAGAUUGGGGUCGUGCAUCGUUACGUGAGAUCCGUUAUCAUGGAGUCGUCUCUGCGGCUCUGGUAUACGAUCAACGGCCGAUGAUCGUUCACUAUCGGGCUGUGAAACAUAACAUGGUGGCUGCAUGUAUGGAGAGUAAGGAGUGGUCCGGGAAGGUUUAUUUUUAUUUGACCAAGUGA